AUGUAUUCAUCGAUCUUGUCUACUUUUCUCGUCUCUGGUCUUGCUCUUGCAGCACCGACUGCACGAGAUGACACUGAUGCAGCUCUGACUCAAUUUUAUGAAUUGUUGGCUGAAGCAUCUGCAAACCAAGCAGCUUUCCUUGCAUCGAAUGGAAGCUCAAACUGCACAAGCGAAAAUACAGUUGUGCGAAAGGCAUGGGGUUCCAUGCCCGAGGCCGACCGAAAGGCUUAUACAGAUGCUGUUACCUGUCUGCAAAGUCUCCCAGCCCAGACUCCUAGCGACUUGGUCCCUGGAGCCAAGAGCAGAUAUGAUGACUUUGUUGCUGCACAUAUGAACCAGACACUGACCAUCCACUAUACGGGCAACUUCCUCUCCUGGCACCGCUGGUUUGUUUACUCGUAUGAGCAGGCCUUGAAGGACGAGUGUGGCUACAACGGGACCCAACCCUACUGGAACUGGGGCCUUUAUGCCUCUGACCCGGCGUCGUCGCCCAUCUUUGACGGAGGCGACUACAGUAUGGGUGGCAAUGGCGAGUACAUUCCCGGCCGCGGAGAUCUUGUUCUCACACUCGACGAGAACAACACCGUCUAUCUUCCCGCUGGAAUGGGUGGCGGUUGUGUACAAUCCGGUCCGUUCAAGGACAUGGUUGUCAACUUGGGGCCCGUGGCUCUGCCUCUGAACAACGGCUCUACUGCCACCAGCGCCAACAAUGGUUACGAUUGGAAUCCGCGCUGCCUAGUGCGGGAUGUCACCACCGAAGCCAACUUGGGGUACGCCAACAGCACGUCCAUGCUCAACCUCCUCACAAACCCCGACAAUAUCAAGGACUUUCAAGAGCUCAUGCAAGGUCCCAUUGGCUCGGGUGACCUUGGUGUUCACGGCGGCGGCCACUACACGAUUGGUGGAAAUCCUGCAGACGAUGUGUACAUUUCACCCGGUGAUCCCAUCUUCUUCCUCCACCAUGGCAUGAUCGACUUGAUGUGGUGGCUUUGGCAGUACCUUGACAUUGAAAAUCGUCAAUACGUGAUUUCUGGCACCCGAACGUUUCAAAACUCGCCAGCCUCUGAUAAUGCGACAUUGGACGACAUUGUCGAACUCGGUUACGCUGGAGGCUAUCCAAUCACCAUUCGGGAGCUGACAAACACUGCCGAGGGCCCACUGUGCUACACGUAUGAGGCAUAG